AUGGCCGACACGAUCGAGAUCACUCCCCGUACCGGCACCGCCUUUACCUUGAACAAGGGACAGCGCUUGACCGUAAUUGACCCCAAAGGUGUACAAGUCUCUGACCUGGUCGCCUUCAACCGUCACGAUCCCGAAGAAGUCAUCAGCAACGGCAGAACCCUCGACUACGCAAGUCGCAUCUACCUUACUACCGGCGACCCUCUAUACUCAAACCGCAGCAAUGUCAUGCUCAAAAUCGUCGCAGACAACACACCCGGCAAGCACGAUUUCCUAUUGACGCCAUGCUCAAAAGACACUUUCCGCAUCAUUUAUGGCGACAAGGAUCCACACCAAGGAUGUUUUGGCAACAUUGCUGGCGCCAUUGAGCCAUAUGGCAUCUCAUCCGACCGCAUACCCUGCGCUUUCAACUGCUUCAUGAACGUCACUGUUGACUCAGAUUCGGGUGAGCUCAAGGUCUUGCCUCCAAUCACCAAAGCCGGAGACAGUAUCGAGUUCGUUGCAGAGAUGGAUUUGAUUGUCGCUUUGACCGCAUGUUCCGCCCUGCAGUCGAAUGGCGGUUCAUUUAAGCCAAUCCAGUACAAGAUCAGCGAUUGA